AUGUUUAAUUUAUUUUCUCAAAAAGCCUCCAUAGUAGAAAAGGAUAGAAUUAAAUCCUAAGGGAACACCUUUAAUGUUCCAAGAUCUGAUUCGUUAUUAACAGAUUCAAAACAUAAGGGUUGCUUACAGAGAAUAAAUAUACUUAUCUAAGAAUUAGAUAGAAUGGCAGAAGCUCAGAAGAUGGCUAACUUAGAGAUUUAGCAACUAUAAAAUGAAAUAGAAAGACUAUAGAGGGGUGGAAAUUAAUUAAAUCAAUUGAUUACAAUGGAUGAAUAAGGAAAGGAUGAACAAUUACGAUUAGAGAAAUAAAAAUUUAGCUAAUAUAAGCAACUUAAAGAAUAAUAAAUUUUGGAAUUAGAAAAUGAUCUUAUAAAAACUCAUAAGGAACUAAAGGAAGAAAGAUUAAUACGAUUAGAUUUAAAUCAUCGCUUUGAUAUUAAAUGUUAGGAGAAUGAGAGAUUAAAGCAAGAAAUUGAGAAAUUAUAAAACCAAUCUGUUUCAUUAAAAGAUAGUGGAAUAUUAAACUAAUUACAUAGAGAUUUGAUUCAACUGUAAAGUGAAAAUAAAGAGUUGAAGCAAUUAAAUAUCAAAUAAUAAUCUCGAAUAGACAAAUUACUUGAAAACACAAAGUGUAAUGAGUAAAAAAAAUAGGAAGAAUAUUGCGAAACCUAAAGACUCAACAAAUAGUCUUUAGAGGAAGCAUUGUUUCCAUCUACAAAAAUAAGUCCCAUCAAGAAAGUUAGCAGAGCAUUGACAAUUUAACCAGUAGAUCCAUAUUACAAUAAGAGUCUUUAUCAAUCAAAUAGAUUAUCUAUAAAUUAUCCAUAACAAUAAUUCAAAAUUGAAAAUAACGAACAAGAAUAAGAAAAUGAUAACUCGUAUGAACAUUAGUAUCAUUCAAAUACAAUAAGAAAGGAGUAACCAAGGAAUAGCUACAAAUAAUCUGAAGAUACAUAAAGAAAAAUAAGCAAAUAUAAUUAAUUUUGA